AUGGUAAGUCCACUCUGUAUGCGGAUCGGCGUAUAUCCUAACCCGAAAAUUCGAAUUAGACGAGGCGAGAGCGAGGCGACGGCGCUCGGUUGGGACAGGGACGGGAAUCGGACGGCGCGCAGCAGGGAAGAGAAGAGGCGGAAAAGCGGAGAGAAUGGAGAAUGGAGAAGAGAGAGUCGACGAGUGGAGAGUCGGGAUAUUGGCUUCGGUUACGUGAGCGCCUUUCCAAUCGUUUUUCUUUCGUUUCACAGCCACUCCGAUGUCGUAUUACUUCUGUUUCCAGCUUACGGCGGGAGGGAUCAACUAGAAGAAUCCAUUAUAAAAGAUUCAACUGUAGAAGAAUCUACUGAAGAAGAAUCUACUGAAGAAGAAUCUACUGAAGAAGAAUCUACUAUAGAAGAAUCUACUGUAGAAGAAUCUACUAUAGAAGAAUCUACUGUAGAAAAAUCUACUGUAGAAAAAUCUACUGUAGAAAAAUCUACUGUAGAAAAAUCUACUGUAGAAAAAUCUACUGUAGAAAAAUCUACUGUAGAAAAAUCUACUGUAGAAAAAUCUACUGUAGAAAAAUCUACUGUAGAAAAAUCUACUGUAGAAAAAUCUACUGUAGAAAAAUCUACUGUAGAAAAAUCUACUGUAGAAAAAUCUACUGUAGAAGAAUCUACUGUAAAAGAAUCUAUUGUAGAAGAAUCUACUAUAGAAGAAUCUACUGUAGAAGAAUUUACCGGUGGAAGAAUCUACUGA